AGUUUGGCUUAGUCCGAAGUCUAAUGCUCAGAAAUAACUUCAUGGUCACCCUCUCUGUAAGACAUGGUAAACAAAUCAACAUGGACCAAAGAUAGUCCAAGGACUGAGAGAUCCCUGACUGACGAGAAACAAAAAUUGCUAGAAAAGACGAUAGAAUAUCAUAUCUUGUUACCUCGACAUGGCACAGGCGUUACUUGGGGCGAAAUAUAUAAAACAGUUGGCCGGAUGGGCAGGGAAAAGCCCCCUCGCAAACCCUUUGGGCGGGAUGGACUCCGCGGCCAGCCUGACUGGGAUACGCCAAUACAAUCACCAUCCAGAUUGGCGUCGAGAGGAUUUUAUCCGGAUCUCAUCUACUCAUCUGCACGGUAAAUCCAGCGAGAAGAACCGCACGGUUGAAGGCGUGUCGGACCGCCAGUUUCCGAUCAUCGUCCAAUGGGAGCGACCCAAACAUCCAAAACGAGCUUUGCCGGGGGCCGAAGCUUCAGGUGACCUCGAAGCCUUCCCUACACUCGACCCUAGUCGUCGAUUACCCGAAUUUGAAGGCUGUCAGGCCUUGGAAGAGGCCAUGGAUAAAGUUCAGCGAGUGUUUUCUCUCGAAUUUGCCACUCGCCGAGAUCUCCUCAAACGGGUCAGCCAUGAUUACGCCCGCAAAGUCCAGCGUCAUCCUCACGACUUCCAAUCCCUCGAGGUGUUCAUAGCUAUCUUAACGGCUCGCAUCCGACACGCCCAAGCCUUUGUAGCUAAAGAGCUCGAGGAGAAAAACCGGCGACGUGGGGCCAUCAGUCAUGUGAUCAAGAUCAUGGUCGAUCAACGACGAGUUCUGUUAGGCGUCUUGCGUCAACGGGACUACAAGAAGUUCGAGUUCCUUUUGGAAACGCUGAAUAUCGCAUAUAAACCCCGACCCAUCUAUUUUGAGAAAAUUGAGCGUGAAGUCCACAUGGUCCGAUUAACCGAGUUGUGGUGUUCUGAGCUCAAACAGCACAGACUGAGCACGCUCAAACACGAAUUUAAGAGCCAGCAACCAGAGUUUUUGCGGGACAAGGCUAAGAAAUUGGGGUGGAUAAAAGCCCAAGAAGAAGAGCUCGGUUUGCAAUCAUCUGUUAGUCAGGACGAGAUUCAGCAGUGUUUGGAUGAAGCGAAGCGAAUUGAAGAUAUUUUAGCUCGUCAAACACAAGAAGACCGCAUGCAAAAAUUAUUUGUUUAUGAAGAAGAAGUGCCCGUGGCAACUACAUCCGAUAUUGCAGAAUUGUCUUCGUCUUAACAAGAACAAUAGAAAAACGUGAAUGAAAUUAUGUA